UGUAGGUAUUUGAAUGAUAAGAAUUCACAGUAGAAUUAAAUAGUGUUAAGAAAAUUCCCUUGGAAACACUUUCAAAGUGAGACUUCUUUGAAUUUAAUGUUACGCUAAAUUAACGCUAUUAAGCUUUAGUAUUCCAAAAAUUUCAUGUUUUACUUCUAAAAUUACACUUAACAAUACAUUGAAACGAAACCAACCAAAUAUUUUGUCUUGUAAAUAACUCGCUAGCGCAUCACAGUGUUAUUAGAAUCAUAUAAUAAUGUUCGUCAACUUCAUGGCGAAAUCUAGUGUGAAAAGGGAUGUAUAAAAGGGAAAAUUUCCUGUCGAUCAUUUUAUUCGAUUUUAUUCAGUUCAGAGGAAGCACUUGUUGCUCGCAUACACUUUAUUUUAACUCAAUUUGUGAUUAUGAUAAAUUUGUAUCUAAGUUGGAAUAAAUGGGCAUUUGAAAGUGGUGUACAGUGAUUUUGGCUAGCAAUACCAUCUCAGAAUGUGCCACUACAAAAAUAGAACGUUCCAGGCAUUUCUUAUUUAUCUUUCGCUGUUGUUGGACAACAUAUUGUUGACUGUAAUUGUGCCGAUACUGCCAGAUUAUUUGUCGCACUUAAAUUACGAUGGUUUCGUCAGUAUGCCGAACAGCUUAGUUUACAAAAGCUUCGAUUUGCAUUAUGUUCCGACCAUACUUGGGAAACAUCCGCUCGCCGGAAAUUCGAUAAUAAAUUUCACAAUCUCGAACAACAAAGACAGAUUAUUGGAAGAGCUAAUUGCUCAAGAUGUACAAAAGGACCAGAAGGAACAUCUGGGCGACGAAAAUAGUUCGAUUGGAAUUUUACUCGCUGCAAAAGCACUCGUUCAACUAGUUGUCACUCCGAUUGUAGGACAUUUGACUGUGCGUUGUGGGUAUUUGAUGCCUGUUGUUUUCGGGACAACAUGUCUGCUGGUAGCUUCGCUAGUAUUCGCCAUCGGUGUCUCGUAUUAUGCAUUACUCUUCGCUAGAGCACUGCAAGGUGUCGCAUCGUCCUGCAUUGGCGUAUGUGGAAUGAGCUUAGUGGCUCAGCUCUAUCCGGAAGAGGAGAAGCGUUCGAAGGUAAUGGGUGUCGUUUUGGGUAGUAUUGCGCUUGGAGUUUUGUUGGGAUACCCAUUCGGUGGUAUACUUUAUGAUUUUGUGGGAAAAUCAGCUCCGUUUUACAUUUUGUCAGUCAUCAUUUUUGCUGUUUUGGUAUUGCAACUUUUUACAAUGGAUCUGAAAAAUCAUCGAUCUGAGUUUUUUCCAAGCUAUGAAAGCUCGAAAUGUUGUGUUCUGCUGACGGAUGGAACGAUUCUAAAAAUUGCGGCUGCAAUUUUAAUCUCAACAUCAGCCAUGGCGAUUUUAGAGCCAUGUCUACCGAUUUGGUUGAUGGAAAACUUACACCCCAAAAAAUGGCAAAUAGGAACCGUAUUCAUACCAGACUCAAUCGGUUACUUCAUCGGAACCAAUUUCUUUGGAUCUAUCGCAUUCAAAGUGGGACAAAUCAAAUUAUCAAUCGUAUCGUUAAUACUUGUUGGUGUAUCGUGCUUCCUAAUACCAAAUGCACAAACUGUCGUCGGACUACUAAUACCCCACUUCACUUUGGGUUUAGGAAUCGGAACAUUGGACGCGGCUCUGAUACCCUAUAUGGCAACGUUAGUUGAUUUGAAAUACAGCGAUGAUGAAUCAACGGGUAGUGACACUGUGUCCAGUUACGGUUCAGUUUAUGCCAUCCAGCAAAUAUCUGUCAGCUUAGCUUAUUCAGUGGGACCAAUUUUUGGCGGUGAAAUGGCACAAUAUUUUGGUUUCUACUGGUUAAUGGUAAUCGUAGGCACACUAAACAUCGUCUAUGGAUUAUUGUUGCUGAUUUUAUUCACCGAUUGGCAAAGCAAUAACUCUCUGAGAUCGAACAAAGAAAUUCUGCUGAACGAUUACCAUCAGCCGUCUAACCCGCAUAAACGAUUUUAUAACAGCAUGGAAGUACCAUAAUAAAUGGGGAUUUCACAUUUCGAUGAAUGGUGUUCCUGUUUUCAGAGUUAUAAUACAACCGAGUGAACAAGUGGUUUUUUUACACGAAGGCAUAAACUUAGUGUGUAGUGGUGACUAGAUGUUAAAUUGAUGCGUUUGUUUGCAGUUGAUAUAACAAUAAAUUGACCUAUAUUUCCGGAAGAUAUUGUGCCAUUGAAAUUGA